UCCCUUUUCCCCAGGCUCAGCGGCGCUCCUCCCGGUCGUUCCAGCUCCUCCCGGUCCGCGCUCUGGUACCCCGGCUCCACUCCCUCUCUCGCCCAGGUUGCCGCUCCAGCCCCGGAAGACAGAGCACCUCGGGUCCCGCACCCUAAGCCCCCUCCUCUCCGGUCUCUCCUGCCCCUCCUCCCGGCCCGCGGCCGGCUAGCGCGGCGCAGGCGCAGCAACACGGCCGGCAGGCCCAGGGCGACCAAAGCAACCUCGGCCUCGGCUUAGCCCGGCAGUAUCCGCGCGGGGCUGGUCGGCGGCAACCCGGACCGUGCGGGGCGGUGGCCCCGCGGGCCGCGCGUCGAGAUGGGCUCGGGCUGGAGCAGCGAGGAGGAACGGCAGCCGCUGCUAGGGCCGGGGCUCGGGCCUGCGCCGGGGGCUGCUUGGAGAAGCCGGGAGGCGGCGGCGGCACUGCCAGCGGCAGCCCCAAGUCCCGGGCGCGUGUACGGGCGCCGCUGGUUGGUGCUCCUGCUCUUUUCGCUGCUGGGGUUCGCGCAGGGCCUGGUCUGGAACACAUGGGGCCCCAUCCAGAACUCGGCGCGCCAGGCCUACGGCUUCUCCAGCUGGGACAUCGCGCUCCUCGUGCUGUGGGGGCCCAUAGGCUUCCUGCCCUGCUUCGCGUUCAUGUGGCUUCUGGACAAGAGAGGUCUUCGGAUAACUGUACUUCUGACAUCCUUCCUUAUGGUUUUGGGAACUGGUCUAAGGUGCAUACCUGUAUCAGACUUAAUGCUUAAAAGAAGACUAAUCCAUGGAGGACAGCUGUUAAAUGGAUUGGCAGGUCCAACUGUAAUGAACGCAGCUCCAUUCCUGUCCACAACGUGGUUCUCUGCAGACGAGCGGGCCACUGCCACAGCUAUCGCGUCGAUGCUCAGCUACCUCGGGGGAGCUUGUGCAUUUUUAGUUGGACCGCUUGUCGUUCCAGCUCCCAAUGGGACAGCACCUCUUCUUGCUUCUGAGAAUAGCAGGGCCCACAUUAAAGAUCUCAUAGAGACUGUAUUAUAUGCAGAAUUUGGAGGUGUCUGCUUACUAUUUUCUGCAACUCUAGCUUACUUCCCACCUCGGCCACCUCUUCCUCCCAGUGUUGCUGCAGCUAGCCAACGGCUGAGUUAUCGACGGAGCUUUUGUAGGUUAUUAAGCAAUUUGAGAUUUUUGAUGAUUGCUUUAGCAUAUGCCAUACCACUUGGUGUAUUUGCUGGCUGGUCUGGAGUUCUGGACUUAAUUUUAACACCAGUGCAUGUCAGCCAAGUAGAUGCUGGCUGGAUUGGAUUUUGGUCUAUAGUUGGAGGCUGUGUUGUUGGAAUAGCUAUGGCAAGGUUUGCAGAUUUUAUCAGGGGCAUGCUGAAACUAAUUCUGCUCCUCCUGUUUUCUGGGGCUACACUCUCAUCUACGUGGUUCACCCUGACCUGUUUGAACAGCAUCACACACCUUCCUUUAACCACAGUGACAUUGUACGCCUCCUGUAUUCUCCUGGGAGUGUUCCUGAAUAGCAGUAUACCUAUAUUUUUUGAGCUUUUUGUGGAAACUGUCUACCCAGUUCCAGAAGGAAUUACUUGUGGAGUUGUCACUUUUUUAAGUAAUAUGUUCAUGGGAGUACUUUUGUUUUUUCUCACAUUUUAUCACACAGAGCUGUCUUGGUUCAACUGGUGCCUUCCCGGGUCGUGCUUGCUCAGUCUCCUUCUCAUUCUGUGCUUCAGGGAAUCCUAUGACAGACUGUAUCUUGAUGUGGUUGUCUCAGUUUAACAGCACAGACUCAAAGGAGUUUAGAAGGAGACUGGAAAUCAACACUGCCUACUGCACAUUUGCUUGGAAUUGCACAGAAAACAAACAAACAAACAAACAAAAGGAGAAGAGAGAAACUUCAUUCAGAGGUUUUGUUAGGUUACAGGCGAUCACAUUAAUUUAAUUACUACUAGGUCAUAAUAAUGUGGAACUUGAGUGAUAAUAGUGGAUUUAAAACUGUAUCAGUGACAUAACCUGUGCCAGAGUCGGGUUAGAAGUGUGGUCUUACCCAGAAAGCACUACCUAGGUAAUUCCCUCUAUGUUUUGUGCCAGUGCUAAGCUACUGAUUGGUUCAUUGUAAUUAUGAGAAGGAAUAAAGGGUGCCUAUCACAUGAAGAUAGCUCCUUCCCUAAGCCACGUAUCAGAAGAGGAAGAAAUGCCACUAACCUCUAAAGAAGUUUAAACCCUGUAUCAGAUUUUAAUUGUAAAAUAGCCAACAGGUGUAUCAAUGAUAGAAACUAGCCACAUGUACACUACAUUUUUUUUCUAAUAAAGCAAUUUCUUAUAUGACUCCUGAUUUGUAAUUAGAUUGGAAAGCUUCGGCCACCUUAAUUAUGGUGGCCAACUGCUUUCUAGUGACUUCAGAGCGCAUACUUUGUGUCUCAAUCUUAACUUCUCCUUGUUUCUGUGAAAUACAGUUUGAUCUACUAGGCUCUUAAAUGUUUAUAUUGAAGGUGACUAAAUGUUUAAUAUAGUUGCAUUAAAUGCUGUAUGAAAAAAUGUAA